CUCGGGGAGGGCCCGGGGGAUCCCUCCGGACGCAGGCCGAGCUUGGGCGGCGAAGCCCCCGGUUUCGAAAUGGGGGGGUCGCUGAACGGGUCGUUGGAAGAUGGGCUGAUGGUCGCGUUCAAGGCGAAGGACAAGGGGCAGUACUGGGUUGCGACGGAGCGGCGCGGGUGGGCGCUGGAGUUGGGCGCGCCCGGAGUGGACGCCUCCGAUCCUGCGGCGCAGUUUCUGGUGGUGAUGCGAGGGAAGGACCGCCUCGGGUUCAGGUCGCUGGUGGCGGACGGGAAGCUGCUGCAAGUGAGAGAAAGGACGUCCAAGGGACAUCCGCAGGCCACCCGGAAACUGGAGUUGAUGUUCGUCAACUUCAGCCUGGACACCCUCGAGAACUGGCUGAUUACCGGGACCAGUUUAGCGGACUGCGUCAUCUCCAGCAAAAAGUUCCCAGAGGUUAGCUUGGCGUUGUCGCUUGAAGUCCUCGCAGUACCACCGGAAGAGGAAGACGUGCUGCUCGACGAUAUGGCAGGGUCAGUCCAGAAGCCUGAAGCGAGUCCGGAUGCUGAGGAGGAGUCCUUGGUGUGACAGGGUGCUUCCAUACUCACAGGUUUUCUUAUGCGUUAUACAGUCGUUACGUCUGUUUUUGCUGUUAGGUGCUUGAUAAGUCCAAAAGCUGAAAAGAUGGUAAUGGAGGACGCAUCAUGUUUCUCAACUAAUUCCUCUAUCCCGCUACUGACUGUUGUGAGGUUGAGCUGUUGCGACGGAUCGACACAUCUUUGUGUAUCCUAAUCUUGUUAAACCGAGGUCUAGC